AUGUCAUUUGCACCCAGUUUUCCAACAAUUGACCGUACUUUAAGAUCAGUUUUUGUUGGAAAUAUACCGUAUGAGGCCACAGAAGAACAACUUAAAGAGUUAUUCUCUGAAGUUGGACCAAUACUUUCAUUUAGAUUGGUUUAUGACAGAGAUACAGGAAAGCCAAAGGGUUAUGGAUUUUGUGAGUAUAAAGAUCAAGAAACAGCAAUGUCUGCUAUGAGAAAUCUAUCUAAUAUUGAACUAAAUGGAAGGGUUUUAAGGGUAGAUACAGCAACAAAUGAAAAGAAUAGGGAGGAAAUAAAACAAUUUAGUCAACAACCAUUUAUGCAAAUGCCACCAACAUCUCAUAAUUAUCCAUCAAACAAUCAAUUUAAUAUGCCAAUAUCUGCUAAUCAUUCCUUUCCACCUCCUAAUAUGUUGUCAAAUACAACUUUUACUAACAAUAUGAUGCCUCCUCCUAUACCUUCAACAUUGAACAAGCAAAAUAUAAACAUGGAUAGCAUAAAUUUUAAAAAUAAUUCUACCCUUAAUACUAAUAUAAGUAAUGAUAAAGUUGUUAAAACUAACAAUGAACAAAGUAAUAUAAAGGUUGAAAAUGCACCUGAAGCCAUUACUAAAGCAGUUGCAAGCUUACCCCCUGAACAAAUGUUUGAACUUAUGAAACAAAUAAAAGCUUGCAUAAAGAAUAAUUAUAAUGAAGCUAGAAACAUGCUUUUACAAAAUCCACAAUUAGCUUAUGCUUUGCUUCAGGCUCAAAUUAUGAUGGGCCUGAUUGAUUCCAAGACAGCAUCUAGUUUACUUCACAAAGAUGGAAAUUUUUCGCAAGCUAAUAAUUUGCCAGCUCAAUUAACUGCUUCUCAAAAUGUCUCAAUUGUAAAUGGCAACUACUCAGCAACUCCAAUAUAUAAUAAUUUUAUAAAUCCACCAAAUACAAAUCCAAUUAUAUAUCCAAGUCUUGUCGUGCCUCCGCCUGACUUUAAUACAAAGCCACUUAUGAAUAUAAUCCAACCUCCUCCAUUUCUUUUAAAUCAAAAAAUGGCUAGUGUCACUCAAACAACCUCCGAAACAUUGGUUGCAACUAGCAUUAAAAUUGAACCUGAUAUUUCUGGUUCUAAUACGAAUGAAGAUAUGACGGAUUUGUUUCCAGGAUUUGGUGGUAGCGAUAUAGAUAUGCGAUCUGCUGGGAAAAGGCAUCUCCAACAAAAUUAUACUCAGCCACCUGAAAGUGUUAAUAGAGUUGAUAAUACAUCUGACUCUAAAAGGAACAAAGUGGACACUGACCACGUCAUCAAAAAUCAAGAUGAGAAAAGUCAACUUAUUCAGCAAGUGCUUAAGUUAACUGAUCAGCAAAUCGCUCUUCUUCCUCUUGAUCAACAAAAGAAUAUUCAAUUGCUAAAACAACAAUUGACCAAGACUUGUCAAGCAUAAAAUAGACUUGAUAUAUUUUGUUAAAUAUUCUUAAAACGGUCUCAAAAUAUUUAUUAUAUGUUAUGAAAAAAUAUAGUAUUUAGAGGA